UUCUAGGUGUCUCCGUAGGAUAAACGCACGCGCUGCGUUCCCCGGUGCGCACAGCGCUCGCGCACACGCACUUUCGCUCACGCCGGUGGUCGCUGCGUCCCGUGAUUGCAAUUUUUCUGGGAGCGGCCGAGCUGCCCCCGCGGUCCGAGAUGGCCGAGCUGCCCCCCGACAGCGGUGUCCGGCAGACGGACGCGGCGAAUGGCCUCGGCGACGCCCCGCAGGCGGAGGUGGGCGGCGACAGGCGGGAGCCGGCCCCGGCGGGGCCUGCGGAGCCCGGGGAAGGUCCAGUGGCGGCGCCCGGGGAGGCCCGCGACGCAGAGGUCGCUCGAGGGUUGGCGGAGCCAGCGGAGGAAGAGGGUGCGCAGGCCAGACCCCGAUCCCGGCCGGGGAACGGCCCAGGCCUGGCUGCGUUGCCGUACCUCCGCCUCCGUCACCCACUUAGCGUUUUAGGAAUCAAUUACCAGCAGUUCCUGCGCCACUACCUGGAGCACUACCCGAUCGCUCCGGGCCGAAUCCAGGAGCUGGGAGAGCGUCGCAGGAGGUUUGUGGAGGCCUGCAGAGCCCGGGAAGCGGCGUUGGAUGCCGAGUACCAGCGGAACCCCCAGAGGAUGGAUUUUGACAUUUUGACGUUUACGGUAGCGCUUACUGCGUCUGAGGUGAUCAAUCCUCUGAUAGAGGAACUUGGUUGUGACAAGUAUAUAAGUAGAGAAUAGUCUGGUGGUGAAACUACCCCAGAGGAGAGCCUCCGCUCCCAAUCCUCGAUUUUAGAAAGACGUAGUGUGUGAGAUAAGGCGAUGGGGGAGGGGGAGGACGUUUAUCACGAAAAAGCCUCAGAAAAGAAGUUCAAAGGCCUUGUGACUUCUGUAACGUUGAGUUUAGGAUUGAUACAGAGGCUCUUCCCUGCGUUGGGGGAAUGGCUGUCAAAAUUGCUUCACUGAAAAAUGAAGGAUCGGUUUCAGGAAACUGAGACCCUAUGAGGAACGGUUGCCAAUAUCGGAGCCCGUGAUGAUGAAAGAAACUCUCAAAUCGUGAUGGGUAGGACUAAGGAGCCACGGCGGAGUUAUCCCGUGGAGAGACCGGAAGCCUAUGGAGAGACCUUGAAAUUGACCCACUCUGUGCCCUGUUCGCAUCAGCUUCGACAGGUGUUAGCCUAAAAUGGAUUUUGUGUUUUGUGAAGCAUUUCAAAUGGCAAACGACGUAGCUUGUAUAUAUCACCUGAUAAACCUUGUAUUCAAGAAUA